AUGUCGAACAAAAUACCUGAAUCCAUAAAAAAUAAUAUUAGGACUGUUCUUUUUUCUAAAAACCGAGGAAUUACCUUGCCGGAAUUUCUUAGUGACUACCGUACUGAACAUAGGGAGCCUCUCAGAUUUAGAGACUUUGGAUUCUCUUCAGUGCAAGAGUUUAUGAUGUCCAUAUCAGAUGUAGCAAGGGUCGUGACAGCUGAAGAUUCUCAGAUUAGGGUCUUUGAAGCCGGAGAACUGAAGCUGAGUGGAAAUGAUAAUUCUAAACCCAGAGUGGAUCAAGGCAAUUUGAAAAAAUUGAGAGAUGAAGUUGAAACAGAUGAUGAUGAUUUGGUACCAGAUCAAUGGGGCUUUUGGUCAGUCUGCGUGCCUUUACAUGUUUGGAAAGAUAAAGAUCCAAAAGUAUCUCUGUUUAGACAAGCUGGUGAUCUUGAACUGUAUAUGCCUAGCAACUUGAAAAUGUCAAAAAUACCUUUUGAAAAGCCGUUCAAAGUUGACAUAUUUAGGUUAGAACUACAAGCAUUCGUUCGAUAUGGGAGCAAAGAGGAGGCCUUGAUGGCAGAUGCCUUCAGGGAACUGAUAAAGCCUUAUGAUCCGGUGAAUGUGAAUAUGAAAAUAAAAGAGGAAAAAACCAUGGCAUUUGUUUCUAUGAAGAGCAUCGACUGUGCAAAGCAGGCCAUCAAGGAUCUUCACAACAAGCAGCAGAAGACAAAGCGGUUAUAUGUUAAUUUUGCCAAACGGGAUUUUAGAGGUGACAAAGAUUCAGCUUCAGGGGAGAGUAGUUUUGAAUCUCAACAAGACUCUCACAGAGUCAUGGAGCAGAAAAAGAAAUCAACAGAAAUGCCUCCACUUAUGUCUGCAUCAGCUUUAGGACCCGACAAAGACAGGUUUCAGCUGGAUUGCUCUAUUUAUGUUGCAAAUUUCCCUUGUAAUACUCUUGUGAGUGUCCUGCGAAGUGCCUUUGAUAAGUAUCACAUUCUUGACGUCUGCAUGGUGAAUAAUGGCAAUGGGCCAGGAUGUACCAAGGCAUUUCUGUACCUGACUACAGUGUAUGAUGUCAUUCAGGCUGUUAUUGAAAUGAACAAUUCCUGCAUAUUUGAAAGACCACUUCAGGUUGAGGUCCCUUCUAGCAAUACUUUACUGAAGACUGUUGUAGAGAAUGCAAUAGCAAGGGAGAGAGCAGCAGCACAUCAUUAG